AUGAUGAGCAAAUCAAUCAAUUCCAAACAAAGUGAUAUGCUGCUCAAUAAAAUGCAGGAAAACCCAGAAAUAGCACGCGGUUUUGUAAAAGAAAGCAAGGACAAAAUCAAUGCAUUUUGGAAGCGGAUCACUUUGGAACUCAACAGCGCAGGGCCUCCAAUCAAAACUGAGUUCGAAUGGAAAAAGGUUUGGAAUGACCAAAAACGUUACGUGCGAAAAAAGGCUGCUACUAACAAAAUGUAUGAGAGAGGCACAGGAGGUGGACCUAACAGAACCCAAAAAUUCUCUCCUGGCGAAGAUGCUCUUUUCCAACUCGUUGGAAUGAAGGAAGCAGUUGAGGGUGUUGGAACUUCGCAAUCUUUUGGAUUGAAACUACCCCAAAAAAGAAAACAAGGCGAUGAAGAAAAUCAAAGUCCAAUUCAGGAUUUGUUUGAAACAAUUGUUGGUUAUGAAGAUCAAAACCAACAAGGCUGUGAAGCUCCACCGUUACCGCUUUCGGAUACUCAGAUUGCACCUGAAAAUAGCAGCGACGAAGCAACCACUACUGCUUCGACCAGCCGGAAUGCCAGCCAGGAAUGCCUCCACCAACAUUUGAAGGGAACAUUGCGCGUGCACGAUGAGCUUCAAGUACCUGCAGCUGGAGAUAACUCUUGGCAGCUGCCAAAAUAA